AUGUCUGCCUUAGCGGCGAGAGUCGCUCGUGAUACUUUAGACAUACACCAGCAAUGUAUGGCGGGCGUGCAUAGCUGGGUAAAUAUCCAAUUUAUGGUAACGAAAUAUGUCAACUGGGCUAUCCUACACACCCCUUUCGUUCCAUUCAGUAUCCUCUUUACCCGCGCUGUCCAGGUUUUCGAUGCCGCCGACCUAGCGCGCUUAGAUUGCUUCGCAACUUCAUUGCACCCUGAAGCGGCUUCCCACGAGUCAGCCACCCAGCCGUACAGAUUAUAUGAACUCCUCUGUCAAGCCGCACGACUGUACCUUGGUUCGAACGUCCCUGAUCCGCCCGUAGACCCGACUUUAGCUCUCAAUCUACCAGAUUCUUUUAGCGAGUUUGACUUCACGCACUUUGGGAUGGAGACUGGGACUACAGUCAAUCAGGCUUCGGAGGCUAGUGGCUCUCAAGCUUAUGUACUGAGUGAUUGGUAUUAUGGUACAAACAGCUGUCAUGGCUUGGGCAACAACGCGCCAAUUCAAGAAACUUGGAGGGCUGGGCUUGUGGCAUCAGGCUGGCAGGCAUACGUUGUCUCACUUGCUGGUAGUACCGCGUGGGAUUCUAUUGCCUUAUUCUUCAGCUUGGCCGAAGUCACAGUGUUCGUCAUGAGAAAACUACUCGGAACUCGGACUCCCCUCAUUUGGCCGGGAGAAGGAUAUAGUCCACAGGACCAAGGCCUGAUACCCGGAUCACCUAUCGAAGUGGGAAGGUCAGCACGCCCUUUAAAAAUCCAAAUAUCAUGGCUCGCAUGGAUAGCAGCACUCCUCACUAUCGGCUUCUUAAUCCUCACCUCUGUCUGGGCCUCAGACGUAAGGGUCGCCUCUCAUCUUCGAUUCCUCUAUGAUUCUAGCAGCAACGCAAUCUUCGUUCUCAGCGUUUUGUCCAGCUUCACCGGGCUUUUCCUUGGUGCUACGAUUGCCGCAACAUUCGAGAAGUCUUCCGUGCCUACAUUUCACUUCUCCUACUUUGACGUAAUCAGCUCCGAUCCUUUGUUUCUCGCCUUGGCGGAAGUAAACCGAAGUAUUUACUGUAUCAUUAAUUUCUACGAAGGCAAAGUCAACACUCGAUUAGUAUUCGAUGUGCUCGAGGACACCCCUACGUCUCUCGGAUGGGGCAUGUCACUUUUCAGCGCUUCCCUCGCCAAAAACGUUUCUUCGAUCGCAGACCAAGUAGCCCAAGCCGAUCUAGCUAUGUUUCUUUCCGAACCAUAUCGCACAGUCGACAUAACACCUCCUCCACAACGAUUAAUUCCGUGCAACCAUAUACCGGGGGAAGUGAACGAGCAGAACUGCAGGCGCGUCUACUAUUUACCUGGAGGCUUGGAACUUGCAGCAACACAGGAGGUGAAGAACGUAAUUGAGACCGAAAUCGUCCUUGUGCAGAAUCAGCAGGGCUAUAUUCUAGAUUUUACAGAAGGGCCUGGGCCAAAUGAGGAGUGGAAUUUUGACGCAAAGAGCGAGUGUGAGGUGUAUGGGUUUCCCUUUGGGGCUAUCCACCUGUGUCUUAAGAAUGGAGCGUCAAACACACUUCAGGCUCGCAUCGUGCACUGUCCAACAUCCGUUUCCUCUCUCUCAAACUGCAUCACAAACGCCACUUGGCCAAGCGCACCCGGUUGGACUACCUCUCUCACCACUUCCUUUCGUAACGGCACUGUAGCCUAUAGUAUCACAAACGGUACCAUCCUCUCCCACACAUUCACUAGCAAUCUCAUCCCUGCUCCCGUCUCCGCUACUGAAAUGCUCGCCGGUUACCGCUACGCAUUCUCCACCUUCGACAGCCUCUCUGCUGUCCUUGCCGCCUUCUCGGGCCCUGAGGCCUCAGAUAUGUUCCCCUUAUACGUGUAUCCAGCCAUGGUCUGGGCGAAUCUGAAAUCAAUAGCAAGUUUAAGUAACCAGAACCCGGCGAUUCAGACUCGAGCGCAAGACACUCUUCAAUGCUUGCUAGGAAUCAUGUUAUUCUACUGCCAACCUUCACUAUUUUCUAGCACUCUUUCCAUAUAUUUAAAUGCUACACCGUCGGACCACGAGUCGAACGCAGGGAGGAAAGAUGUUAGGAAGUUGAAAAAGUUUGCGCAAGAGAUGUGGAAAGAAGCGCCUCCAAAUACAAAGGUUAGACAGGCGGUCAGGAGAUACCAGCUUGUGGUCGGCAAGGAUACGUUAAUAGCAUAUAUUGUGCUAUGUGGAGCUUCCCUGUUGGUGUGCUUAGUAACAUUGGGGUGGGCUGAGUGGUGGGCUAGAAGAGAGAGGGUUGUCAUACCGAGUAUUGGGCCGUUUCCGGCGUGGGAUGAGUGGUCUAUGUGUGAGAUUCAGGGAGAAAUUAGGGAUGGAUUGGAUGAAGAGGAUGGGCGGAUUGCCGCACGAGGGAUGCCUAGUGGGGUUGUAAAAUCAGCGGAGAGGAUGAUGAUUUUGCUUGCUAAAAAUGAGAAGGAGACAGGGUAA